CUACAGUUCACUAGCAUAGCAACUCGAGUAGGGUAAACAAAUUCAGAAUCAAGAACUAAAAAUUGCUUUUCUACUAGCAUUUGUAAUGAGCAUCCAACGGGACUAUCAUUGGUCUUUAUAAUAGCAAUGGCAACAAAGCAAGAGGAUCUAGAAGGGCCACUCCCUCCAGCGGGGGUCAGUUCCCGCCCACUGAGAGAUGUCAUGGAGGGCAUCUUUCAGGAGCAGAAGUAUGACAUCUUACUUCGAACCAAGGGUCACCUGAAUCACAACCGCCUUGCGAAGCCCCCCGAGCUGGCAACCCACAAGCCCUGGGAGAGCUCAGGCAAGGAAGUACCCCUGCUGCUUGCUCCGAGCAAGCUACCUUCACCAAGAAGGGCUCAGAGUAAAGAAGAAGAAAUGGUACAGGCCUUAUAUCACUUCAGCACUGGGACAGCAGGGAGCAUGCCCCACCCCACCCCAGCGGACUUGCUAACGGACCAGAGAACGGCAAAAACAUCCUCCAGUAGUCCUCGCUUUGCUAGCAGAGCCCGAUCCCAUGGAGCAUCCAAUUCAGAUGCCAGGGUGGAUUCCCCAGCUUCGUACAUUGACGAUGGUGUUUGCAUUGAAGAGCUGGCCAUGCCCGAAAUCAUGCUCCCAGUCUCUCGACAAAAAACAACCCGGGGGAUCUCGCGGACUCAGUCUCCCCCUCACAGGCUGCCUCCAUUCGAGAAGAGGGAGGAUAGGAGCGCUGGAGGGAGGGACUUGCAUAAGCAACAAUUCGUACAAAGUCAUCUGGCUGGAAUAACCAAAAAAGAUCAGCUGAAUAGGUUUCUGGACUUUCAGAAGAAUGUACUUAGGAAAGAAGAGAUGUAUGAGAAAGGGGUCUUAACAGGAAGAAAGGCAGUUGAACAUUUGGAGAGAAAAUUAUAUGAGAAACUGCAGGAGCUGAGUGUUGAGACGAGGUUCAGUGCACCCAACUUCCAUCGGUUGCAGAUCUACAGUGAUGUCUGGGAUGAACUCAUAGAAGAAACACCUACCUUUGCAAGGGUUCUCCAAGACAUCAAGAGUGAGUUUGACCUGUACAUGGGGUCCCUACUGGACACACAGCCUCACAAACACAGUGAGAUCCUAAGCCAACAGGUCAGAGGACUGACCGCUAGUGGUGUGGUCCUGCCUGGUGAGCUGACCAUUGGUCAAGAAGUGGUGAAGAAGAUGGAGAAACAGACCAAAGAUCUGCUUGAAGAGAAUGAAAGGUUACGUGAGAAACUGCGACAAGAGCAAUACGCAGUUGCCCGUCUCCCGCAAGUCAUUGUCAACACUGACCCCUACGCCAAGAGUGCUAAUUCCAAGGAGGAGCACAUAGUCCUGGGCCAUGGCGAUCAGGUCCUGGAAUACCAUAACGAGAUCCUGGCCUUGCAGGAAGAGAUAGAGGAGCUGACCGAGGACCUCCACAAGCAUCAUGUUCCUCGGUCUAUCUGCGAUCACAUGGAAGGCUGUUUGAGGGAUACUGAGGCUGAGGUGUUGAAACUACUAUCAACCAAUGAGUACUUGGAGAAGACAAUACAGGGUCUUGGGGUGGACGUCGAUAAGCUUCUUGAGAGAUAUGAUGCACCAGAUACAGAUAUAAGAGCCAUCUGGAAGAGCAUCAACACUGUAGGGUCAGCACCAUUUCCUGGUGUAUUCUGAGUGUUCCAGGAGACAUGCUGUCACCUGUCCCAAGAUGCUGAGGUACUGACCAUCUCUAAGGAUUUGUUUUGAAAGGAUGAAUUGAACAGUGAGAACUCGAUCAUCAGUAUGCAUUCUCCAUGUAUUUCUGUUGCAACAUCCCACCGACUCCGAACACUGUAUUCUUAGCCAUCUUUGGGAUUAUGGAGUAUCCUUACAGCAUUCCACGUAAUGCAGCAUGUGUUUACUAGAGCAUUGACUGUAUCAAGGAAACAUGGUCCCUUGUAUUAGCUUUAAUGAGCAGCACACCUCACACUGACUCCAGAACACUGUAUUCUUGGCCUUUUGUUUGUAUUAUCAUCAUUCCAACAGUUCAUCUUGUUGUGGUUCAUGAAUUCUGAACUGCUUUUUGUAGAACCAAUGGCAGCACACCUCACACCAUGUACAGUCCAUUCUUGGCCAUCUUGUUAGGAAUAGAGUAUGCCUGAACAUUCCAGAAGGUGCAGCAUGAGAUGACUAAAGCCGACCAGGGAACAUCAAGUCUCAUGGAUGAAUUCCACCUCAGAACAAUACCCCAGCUUUAUAAAAUAGGGAUAAAAACCUCUUCAUUUGAUCAUGCAAUGAGCCAAGUGCAUUGCCAUGUCAGUUCAUACUUUAUCUUUUGUUAAGCAUACUUGAAGCCCCAGUUAGAAAUUACCAUAAAUAACAGAACUCAACUGACUUGGUCAAUGUUAUUCAACUUUGAAAACCCUAUAGGUAGCAGGGGCCGUGGAAUAGUUUUCAAAGUGGGGGGCUGACCAUGCAAAAAAAGUGCCCUGCUUCCACGUCCCCUGGGUAGUUAGCCUGUACUAGUUUUAGUCAGGUCACCACAGGCCAGUAGAUUCGUGGCUACUUUUUUAGUAAUGGUAUAUCCUGAAACAUACAUGCAUUUUUGUCAGGCAAUAUCCUCUUUGACACCAUUUGUCUAGUAAGUGUUCAAUGAGCCAUGUUUGAAGAAAAACAAAAACAUUCCAGAAGAGAGUGCUAGAUACCUUAAAAAUUCAAAAUUGAAUUUUUACUAUGGUUUUACUAAGGAUUUUCUAUGGAUUUUUAAUUGUAUCCAAAGAAGAGUCAAUGGCCACUUCAAUGAUUGGAAUGAUAAAGUUGGGAUGUUAAGGCCCUUGAAACUUAGUCACAGAUGUGUAGCGAACAGGUUAUUGAAAUCGUCUUCUUUCUAUUUAAACCCACCAUAAAUAUUUGUGCUAUUUAAUGAUCUUCUAGAUUGUUUUUUUUUCAAGAAUGUAUUUCAUAUGUACAGUAUUUAUAGUCUGCUGAGAGCAUGAAGUGUACCAGAAUAUAUUUUUUCUUGAUUUUCAUUUUUUGUCAAGCAAUACAGUUCAAGAAAAUGAAGCCUUCUGCACACCUUAUGAUCCAACCAUAUUGACUUUUGGAACAGUCAACUGUUGUGGAUUUUUAUUCACUGAUUGGGUUAAAAACAUUGGAUAUGACAAAGGUCUUGUGAACGAAAUCCUGAACUUUGUCAUGUGUUGUAUAUGUCAUGUACUUAUCAUAUGGAUUGGAUGAAACAGCUAUGAAGAAAAAGUCUAAUUUCUCUGCCAGAGGUUAUAAUUGUAAAAACACAUGCAGUAUAUGGAAUGAAUUGGGAUGAUAUGUUUGGUCCUUUGGCGAAUUUUCAAUUUUUGAAUGACUAAAUACUGAUUUUCAGGUGCAAUUGUUCACAGGGCUUCGUUUAUACAACAUGUCACUGACAAAGUUACAGCUAAGAUUUAAAAAAGGUCAAAUGGAUGUUAACGAAUGUCGUGAAGACAAGUCUUCACAAAUUGUAAUUUUUGUUUUCUAAAAUCAGAUAGGAGACAGAUUUUCUCUUCCAAACUUCAGAGGAUUUGGUAGCUAAUCUCUUCCAAAGUGAAUGAUUUAGAUUAUUGAAACGGAUUUUCAAUUGUAUCAUAAUCAGAGGUGAAACUCUUAUACAUUUAUAUUUAUUCAAUUAUAAUUAUUGAUUUAUCUUCCAACCUCCAAGAAAAAUGUAUGUUACAUAUAUGUUUUGUCAAUCAAAUUAAAAUUAUAUAUAGAUUUGUGAAUUGAUUUCCUCUUUCAUUCAUGCAUUUGCUCAAUAGACAUGACAAAAUCAACCAUUUUCAUGGAUGUCUGCUGUAGUGAUGUUUAUUAAUGGAAAUAUGUACAAUGAUAAUCACUUCUGUACAUCUACACACACAAAUUCAAAUGAAAUCAGACAAUUAAGAAUUUAAAAUGAAUCAGAAAAUUAAGACUUUACAGUUUCAUUUACAAUCCUCAAGGUACAGCCACUCUGAGUAUCCUGCACUACAAGAAAAUGGAGACCACAUAAAAAUAUGGAAGAUCUUUUGUAGUCUAGGGCUUCACUGCUUAAAAGGUAUUCAUGCACAUUUUAAUUGGGGACAUCAAUAACAAUUCAACUUUAUACCGUGAAAUUAAUU